AGCCCCAGAUCGCUGGCUCCGCACUCGGGCUUUGGAGCCACUGGGACUGAGGUGGGAGCGGGCUCCCGGCGCUGCCGUGCCCUGGGACGAUGCGCUCCUGUUGCCGCCGCCGCCGCCGCUGCUGUUGGAGACCACUCACCUUCCCGGGGUUCCUGCUACUGCAGCUCAUCCUGGCCCCGGGUCCUGGAACUGCUGCCACCCCUAACAGAUGUGAUACUAUUUACAAGGGCUUUGCUGACUGUCUGAUCAGCCUUGGGAACAGUAUGGACCAGAGUGGGCAGACUGACAAGGGGGCUGACCUCACACCCCCUGAACUCGAAUCCAUCUGCAGGUCAUGGGAAAACUUUCAGACCUGUGCCAGUGGGGUCCUGGCCAACUGCCCACAAGAGGCAACUGCCAUCUGGGCGUCACUGACGGAAGAAUCCCGCAAGGUCCAAUACCCAGGCAACCUACAUGACCUGUGUAGCUCUCAGCCCUUCCCCCCAAGUAGCGUCAGGGGUGUGGCCAGUGAGGAGACCAACCAGGAAACCCUGCAAGGGGCUUCAUCUCCCGCCUCCCUUGCCCCUGCCCCAGCCCCAGCACUGUUGGCUGCAGCACUGGCCCUUGCCUGUAUCCUGGGGCCCUUAGCUUAGCUCUUCAAGGAGAGAGCCUAGCCCUCACAAUCCACCCCAGAGAGAAGCCUGAGACCUAUUCUAGUUCAAUCCAGUGUUUGGAUUAAACUCCUACUGUGUGCAAAGCACCAAGGUGGGGCUGGGACUACAAAAACCUAAUUCCUUUCCUUGGGUCCAGCCCUUCCUUUUCCCCACUUGGCCCUGGGUCGUCCUGGUCUAAAGGAGCUGCCCAUUUUCUCCCUGCCUUCCUGUAUCCAAGGAAAGGGUGUGAAGGAACACCUUCCAAAGCUCCUAGCACUCAUGGGGGAAGGGGAAUCCCUGUGUCCCAUGUCCCUCUCCUUGGUAUCCACUUAGUGGGGAAAGCAGGAAUCCCCAAGUUCUGUGGGGCUCCUUAGCCCCUCAGCUUUCCAAGGACAACUCCAACUGGGGCUCCAGUUGCAGGGGGGCAGCUGCAGAGACCUUUCCAAAGCAAGGGCUUACAAGCCCUCUUGUCCCCCAAGCCCCAUUCUCCCCAGAGUUCCUGCCUCUAUUGAGGAAUCCCUGAACUCCACAAAGCCCUGGGAGCCUUGUACCAGAACUGGACACUGCCCCACACCUCUAACACCCCUCCGUCUGUCCAGUCUCCGUCUGUUCUGGUUUCAUUAAAAAAGAUCUAUAUUUGUA